AGAAGAGAGGAGGCGGGACAUGGUGGCGUCGAGUUACCGCUCAUGUUUAGCGUGAAGCGAUACAUGUUUGGUUGAGCUUUGAAAGAGGGGCCAUCAUCCCGGCGGCUCGGAGGUGAAAAAAAUACAGUUUAAAGUCUCUCUGGAUGCAUUUAAAAUGAACAAGCAGGCUUUUCUGACAGGUGCCUGAAUGCCCGUCCGGUGCCCUUUCAUCUCCUCGGAGGGUUUCUUUGGAUGUACUCCCUUGGCUCCCUACGUUUUGUGCUGUCCGUCUGAUGUUUCCCAAGACUCCUCAAGACCAAUGUCUUAGUUCUGACUAGACAGUCAUUAAAAACAAUACUUGCAUGCGUUCAGUUUAUAUAGUUCUAAAAAGAAAUCUCCAGCAGGAAUUCCAACGACUCCAUCGCCUGUAUCACCCUCCUUCCCCCUCUCCCUUUUUCCUCUUCACAUCAGAUUAAGAGGGGCACCGAAACACACUUAAGACGCACGAGCGCUACACAUAACGUGCACAGGCCACCAUGUCCUCCAUCCUUCCCUUCACUCCCCCGGUAGUGAAGCGCCUCCUGGGAUGGAAGAAGACUCCGGCAGGGAGCGGGGGAGCCGGAGGAGGCAUCGGAGGAGUCGGGGAGCAGAACGGAGGGGGGCAGGAGGAUAAGUGGUGUGAGAAAGCUGUGAAGAGCUUGGUGAAGAAGCUGAAGAAGACCGGGCAGCUGGAUGAGCUAGAGAAAGCCAUCAGCACGCAGAACAGCAACACAAAGUGUGUGACCAUACCCAGUAAUUGCUCAGAUCUAUGGGGUCUAGGCUCAGGCCACACGAUAGAGCAGUGGGACUCCACAGGAAUGUACGGAUACCCUGACCACGGCAGGUCACUGGACGGGCGUCUUCAGGUGUCCCAUCGCAAGGGCCUGCCCCAUGUCAUCUACUGCCGCCUGUGGAGAUGGCCAGACCUCCACAGCCACCAUGAGCUCAGGGCCAUCGACUCCUGCCAGUUCGCCUUCAACCUCAAAAAGGAUGAAGUGUGUGUCAAUCCCUACCAUUACCAGAGAGUGGAGACGCCGGUGCUGCCUCCGGUGUUGGUGCCACGCCACACAGAGAUCCUGACAGAGCUUCCUCCUCUAGACGACUUUACAAACUCCAUCCCCGAAAACACCAACUUCCCUGCCGGUAUAGACCCUCCUAAUAACUAUAUACCAGAGACUCCUCCACCUGGCUACAUCAGUGAAGAUGGAGAGACAAGCGACCAACAGAUGAAUCAAAGUAUGGAAUCAGGCUCACCAGCAGAAAUGUCACCCGGCACCCUAUCACCUGUCAGUCAUGCUCUGGACCUUCAGCCGGUGACCUACAGUGAACCAGCUUUCUGGUGCUCGAUAGCCUACUAUGAGUUAAACCAGCGGGUCGGAGAGACGUUCCACGCCUCACAGCCAUCUCUGACAGUCGAUGGCUUCACCGACCCCUCCAACUCUGAACGCUUCUGUCUAGGGCUUCUCAGCAAUGUUAACAGGAACGCAACUGUCGAAAUGACAAGGAGACAUAUAGGUCGCGGUGUAAGGUUGUAUUACAUCGGAGGGGAGGUGUUCGCCGAGUGCCUCAGCGACAGUGCCAUUUUUGUCCAGAGUCCCAACUGCAACCAGCGAUACGGCUGGCACCCUGCCACAGUCUGCAAGAUACCGCCAGGCUGCAAUCUGAAGAUUUUUAACAACCAGGAGUUUGCUGCACUGCUGGCCCAGUCAGUCAAUCAGGGGUUUGAGGCAGUCUACCAACUAACCAGGAUGUGCACCAUCAGAAUGAGCUUCGUCAAGGGCUGGGGAGCAGAGUACAGACGUCAGACCGUAACCAGCACUCCCUGUUGGAUUGAGCUGCAUCUCAACGGCCCCCUCCAGUGGUUGGAUAAGGUGCUGACCCAGAUGGGUUCACCAUCAGUGCGCUGCUCCAGUAUGUCCUAAACGAGGUCCUGCUGCUGCCUACGCAAAGUCAGUCUGACUUUUCACAACAUUUGUCCUUGCCCGUAUGUCCUAAGGAAGACCACCGUGCAGUCUUAAAUUGAUGCACCACCACCAUUAUCAUUUAAGAAAGGGGGAAAAAAUAAAAAAUAAAUAAAUAAAAAAAAGAUUACACAAUACACCUGGAGGACGGGAGAACGACAUCGCUGAUAGACAAUAGUGGGAUGUUAAUGAUGUCACAGUGGGCCUGAUCACCUUUUGGCUCCGUUGGAUUAACGUUAGGAUGACAUUCCAGUAAUCAUGGACCUAGUCAUUGAAAUCUUCCUGCAAUAUAAAUAUGCCGUAAUGGACCAGACUGCAUUCGUGUUUUUGGUAUUUGACCGAGGCUCUGAUCCAGAAACGGCUUCACUGUCCUGCUAAAUGACACGGCAAUGGCUGUUUCGGGAAUGCGCGUGUGUGACCUCCUAGCUACAGGGCUGUCUCUCCAACCACUAGUCCACCUUACUGCUUCACUACCUACUGGCCGCGGGCGCAACUUUGAUUCAGCGUCAAGAUUUCUGUUUACACAAGGUUGACCGACAGUAGUACUGCCACUCCAGGCUCAUGAUCAACCAAAGUCAGCUCCACGCCUGGACCUGAAUUCUUUCUUGGUUUCGGUGACCAAAUUUCCAUUCUGUUUUCACCUGAGAUUUCCACUCUUCUCCUAAAUCAGGCCUGUGCCGUUGUAAUCUCAGACCUGCCUACGCUGGAGUGAUGGACCGGAGAGAGCAUGUUGAUGUCUAUAAUUAAUAUUCCAUACCCUGUCUUCACAUGGUCAAAUGCACACACACACACACACACACACACACACACACACACACACACACACAUAUACACUGUGACAAAGACAAACCUUUGCAGUUCAUACACCACUUACAGUAACUUGCUAUUUUUGACCGAACGACAAAUCAUCUGCACUGUGUUUUAAUGUUAAUCGGUCCCAUUCAACCAUGAGUGUGCAGUGGGGUAGAUGUUUUGAGUUUGGAUCAGAUCUGAAACAUCAGCAAUUAGUUAAGUCUCAGUGCAAAUGUCCCUCCUCUUGAACUUCAUACAACCUUUAAACUUUUUUUCAGGCACUAAUAAAGGCAUACGGAUUUAGCCCCAGUUAACAGUUUGCCCCCUCUGGUUUUUGAGGCCCAGCAGUUUGCACUCAUUCUCUGUUUCCCCCCUGCACACUCUUACCCUCUCUCUCUCUCUCUCUCUUACAUUCUCUACAUUAACUUUUUUUACAAUUACAUCAUCUUGCUUAUACAGGAGAGUUGAAUGUCGGACUUGGAGAUGUGUAGGAUUUAGGACUCGAUAUAUAUGCAUUUUAAGAAUCUUAGCCUCAAUGUCACCCCCUGCUGUCUAAAAGAAAAAAAGAUACCAUCAUUAAGUUUCACUGAUGUAGACAUUGCGCAAGUCUCUUGAUUUUACGCUUGGACUGUUGCACGGUUUCCCCAUUAUUGACAUUUUUUUGAUAGGAAGACCAGUCCUGCUAUAUGGGACUGAAAAAAUUUGCUUCUACACUGUACUUGCACUGCCCCAAAUUAUGCACACUUAAUAUUGCUACAAGAAAGUUGCCUUUGAUGUAAAAUACAGCAAGAUAUGCUUUGAAAUGUACAGAUAGGAAUGUUAAAAAAGCCCAAUUAAAGUCAUGACAAUUACAAAAUAUAUAUUCCAUAUUUUUAAGAAUGUUCACUAUAAAGAGUUUUUUUUCCCGUAUAUCUCGUCUCAAUUGGCUUAUUAAAGAGCAUUCAUUUGAUUUUAAUGUCUUGCCCCAAUCUAAAAAGCCAGCUGGUACCUACAUCAUUAUUUUAGAGUCCAAAUCUUAAGUAUUUAAGCUUUAACUAUUUGACAAGCUAGUUAUACUACACAGCUUUUAUUUUCUUUACACAUUCUUUUAGCUACAUUUUUUUUAUUUUCAUGUAUUUUCUAUAUAUGAAUAUAUUUAAAGUCUUCAAAUAUUUCCUUCCUUUUUAUUAGAAUUCAAUAUUUUUUUUAGAAUAUGCCCUCUGUUUGAAGUGAUCACAGCUUGAUGAUUUAUGAAGUAUGUAGCAUAGGAUAUAACAUUUUUACUGAAUUUACCACAGUUCAAAUGUUGUGACUGAGAGGCCAAGUCAUAGUAAUUACAAUCCUCUUUUCUUCAAAAUCUGAGUUGGCUGCUAAAAUGGUAAAAGUGGCCGGUGAAUCUAUCAGCUGUUAUAGCUGGUGAAAAAGGUAGUUCCUUGCCUUACUCUUACUAAUUUGUCAGCUCUAUGGGUGUGACCCAAGUUAUGAUAGUGCUGUUCCAAAGACUGAAUGCAUGUAUUUACAGUAUGUCCUGUACACCGCAGAUCCACUUUGUCAUAAACCUAAUUGCUGAUGAAAACCUAAUAGCUUCAUAUUUCUGGUAUUGAACUUUAUUGGCUUAAUCGUAAAGUUUAAAUUUGCCAAUUUCCUUUUGGAGUUUGGUUAGUUGCAAAUCGAUAGUUACAAAUCAAGAUGCCUGUUUAAAAACAUACAAGCUAAACUAAAAUCCAGACCUUUUGGAUUAUUAGGAUGUAAUCCAGCAGAUGGGCAAUAUAGUGUUAUUUCCCACUAUCAAAGCAGUUGCUAUUCAUUUUAAAAAGCUCUGAAUUUGUUGAAUUAUGUCUUACAUUGCCAACAUAGGACAUUCCAGUACGCAAUGUAAAAGCUGCUGCCAGUUUCAGAUCCGCAGAUGUUUAAUUCACACCACUCCUUAUGUAUGGGUACACUGUUAAAUUACAGUGAGCGGGUUUACAUGCACACGUUAUAUCCCAUUCAGGGCCUCUUUGCUCUUACGUGUAUCCCAACACAUAAACAGAAUGUUAGCACAAUAAUGGGCUUGUAAGCGGGACAUGUAAUUUUAGGUAAAUUGGACGAGGUGUAUACGCGCCUCAUACUGUCACAUUCCAUAUAGUGUGUGUUGACUUGUUCCAAACUGUGACAAAAACCUGACAAUGGUCUUAUCUUGGUGCACAGUAAUGCCGGCGUGCAAGUACACACAUACACGUUUUCGAUUUGAUCACUCCCUGCUGCAACAUGUGGGAGAAAUGCUGAUUUAAAAUGUGUUCGUUGAACACCAAAUGAAGGUUUAACAAAGGUUUAGUUGAUCAUAUAAUGGCUGAGACAAGACGUCCACAAAUCCUGAUGUUUAAGAAUACAUAUUGUCAGGAUCCUGAAGAAACUUUAUAAUUCAGGAUUUGCAUUUGAUACAGACUUGAUAGAUGACCUCAACCUCCUACAGGGUUACUUUGACACUUGGACCAAACAAAAAAAAAAAAGGUCAACACUUUAAAAAAAAAAAAAAAAAAAAGAAAUCCUCAAAACCGCAAAUCAUGAACUAUACUUUUUUUUAGGAAAACCAUUUUCUUUAUUCAUCGAGCAUUUUCCUGGGUCAAAUUGUUCUAGUACUCAUUUGUAACAAGGCUGAGACCAGCCGAAUGCAGUGAUGUUUGUUUCUAUCUGUCUGUCCUGUCUUUAUGCUGUUCUGUCUUUCUGUUUUUUUCAAUUAUUAGGGGAAAAGUUAACUGGAAUUUCUCAAGGUCAGUACACAUGGAGUGGAAAUAUAGUGUUACCUUUUAAGGUUGUUGUAUCAUUGCUAACGCACAUGUUUGUUCCAUGCCGGACUGUGUACUCAAACACAUUUCCCAAAAGUGCAUUUUCUAAUGACUAGACAUGCUGUUUUAUGCAUAUUACCAUGGUCCAGCAAAAGCCUUUGUAUCAACUUUGUUUGUUGCUUUUUAAUGAGUGCCACCCAACAUUGUACCCCAAAUCCAACCAGCUUUUCUCACUUCUGGAGAAUUCUGUUUUGGAGAUGAAAGAUGAGACCAAAUGAGGGUUUUCAUGUAGACUAAAUCUACACAUUUUGAGGGUCCACAUUCCUAUUUAUAGUUUGCAUAUUGUAUUUUAUUUUCUUCUUAUUGUGAUGACAAUUGUGUAUCCCUAAAACAAGCCUCUUUCUGAUGAAUUCCUAAGAAGGUGGCUUUUUGGAGAAAGUGAAGUUUCUACAUGUCACUGGUGAUGUUAUUGUAUAGUUGUACUUUUAUUUACCAUACAUGCUGUUCUUUUUCCUUGCUAUCAAUGGAGCAUAUUUCAUUAGACAACAAGCUGUUAGGAUUUCUGUCUUCUUCAAACACUGAUGAUGAUCUUCAUAGGCUUUCCAACUGUUCUACAUAUACAGACAACUUCUUACAGUGUACACUAAUAAAGCUGUUUUAAUUCAA